GCGGCUGCUGUGGGAGUCCCGGGGUGCUGCGGAGAAGUGGCGGCCGGAAAACAGUAGUUGGGAGGUGAAGCGGCAGGGGCCAGUCUCGGCGCCGGGUAGUCUCGGUGAGGAGGAGAAGCGGCCACGGAAAAGCCGGGAUAGGGAGCUGAAGCAGCCGUGGGGAGGAGAGGCGCAAAGCGUGCAGGCAGGAGAGGGGCCUUCCAAGGAUCGGCACAACAUUGAUUUUGAGAUAGAGCAACAAGAGUGUGAUCUAUCAUACGAGAAAUCUGUCAUUCAGAAGACAACAUGGAUGAUAACCGUGUUUUUAGAGGAAGAAAGAAAACUUUGAGUUAUAACAGACAUACAUUUGACAGAAAGAACCAUCAUUUUGAGCAUUAUGGUGUUCCUUAUUCUAUGGGACCCAAAUGGAGAAGAAGAAAAUACAGUGAUGAAGACCAAAUCUUUCUAACUGUGUGGGAUGAUGAUAAACCAGAGGAGAAUGAAGUAGAUCUGGAUGCUGAAAAUGGAACCCUGGGGAGCUGGUUCAAGGUUACAAUUCCAAACGGAAGGAAGUAUGAGAAGACAUGGCUAAUAAAUUCCAUGCAGGACCUCUGCAAGGUGCCCUUCAUCCCUGUUGAUUUCCACUAUGACAAACACCGGGCCCGGUUCUUUGUCCAGGAUCCUACCACUGCCUAUGCAUUGAAGGAUAUCAGCUACAAGAUUUGUGAUGAGAGAAGCCGAAAGAUACCUAUCUUUGUCAGUCCUUCUGUUGUACCCUAUUCUGUGCGGAAUAAGUUCACAUCAGAACAAAUGGACCAGCUAAAGGUGACUAUGAUGAAACGAUAUGAUGCCUCUCAAAAAGCUCUGGACCUCCAGAAGUUACGCUUUGACCAAGACUUGAUGAACAGUGACAUUGACAUGAUGCUGAAUCGAAGAAGCUGCAUGGUUGCCACACUGCAGAUCAUUCAAAGCAAUAUCCCUGAACUGUUGGCCUUGAACUUGUGCAACAACAAAUUGUACCAGCUGGAUGGGCUGUCUGAUGUGGUAGAGAAGGCCCCCCAAGUUAAGAUUCUGAACCUCUCCAAAAAUAAAUUGAAAUCAGUUUGGGAGUUGGAGAAGGUGAAACAGCUGAAUCUGGAAGAGCUGUGGCUAGAGGGAAACCCCUUCUGCAACCACUUCAUGGAUCAAUCUGACUAUAUAAGUGCCAUACGGGACCUAUUUCCCAAAUUGUUACGCCUGGAUGGUAAGGAGCUAUUAAUAUCAACAGGAAUGGACAUAGAAGUCCCCCAAUCAAGCAAGGAAACAUGUACAGAAUCUGAACUCAUAAAAAACCUAGUUCUACGAUUUCUGAAGGAAUACUACUUGUUUUAUGACAAUGGAGAUCGACUUCGGCUCAUCGAUGCUUACCAUGACGAGGCCUGCUUCUCCCUGGCCGUUCCUUUCAACUUCAGUGACCCAAACCUGAGCAACCUGGAAGAGUACUUCAAACAUAACAGAGAUAUAAAGAAGCUGCAAGACUCAUACAUGCGAAUGAGGUUGCUGAAGCACACAAAACGUGACAUUGUGGACUCUCUUAGUUUGUUGCCCAAAACUCAGCAUGACUUGGGCUCUUUCUGGGUGGACGUGUGUUGCCACACGGAGAUGAUGCUCUGUUUUUCUGUCAAUGGGUUGUUCAAGGAAGUGGAAGGAAAAUGUCAAGGCUGUGUUCGUGCGUUCACGAGGAUCUUCAUUGCUACCCAUUACAGCAAUUCAAGAAUAUGCAUCAUGAAUGAUGAGCUGAUUGUGAGGAAUGCCAGCCCCAAAGAGAUCCAGAAUGCCUUUAUCUCAUUGCCCACAGCCAAUGUUUCUCCCCUCUCUGAAGAGCAACAAGAAAUGGUGAAAUCUUUCUCCAUGCAGUCUAAGAUGAAACUUAAUUGGUCUCAGAAGUGCCUUGAAGACAACGGCUGGGACUACAACAAAGCUGCUGAGACCUUCACUAUUCUUCAGAAUGAGGGCAAGAUCCCCAAGGACUUCUUCGAAUAAAUGUGCUAAGGAGGUUCUGUGGAUAUGAUAUUCCAUCUCAUCCACAUUAUUUCUGUUUGUUUAUAAAUCCUCUCUUAUGCUUGGGAUCAGAGGCCUGGCUGACCAAAAUCCAAAGUAAACAUGU